AUGAAAUUGCAUUCCCCAGAAGAAAUACGAGCAGGAAAGAAUCAAAUCCACAAUUUAAAGAAAUUAAUUUCCUGCCAACCUGAACAUUCAGCAAUAAAACACCCUUCAUCGCAAAUUAGUCCUAUGAAGAAGAUGCCUCAAAAGACAACAAAACCUAGAAGUCAUUCUGUCUCGUUGAAGAUUUUCAUUCCACAAAAUACUAGCCAACAAUCAGCUUUACCAGCAUUAACACCAUCACCGAACCAGAGGAAAAUGAUUUUCCUUUAA